AUGAGUAGCAGACCUAGUUGGGGUGUCAGUGGUGGUGCCAUGUUGAGCUCCCAAGUACCGGAGCAAACCAUCAAUUUCCACCAAACGCUUCGGCCGUUCGAGGAACCUCUGCGUUCCUUCGAUCAAACCAUGAGACCGUCGCAUCAGUCCAUGAGGCUCUCGCAACAGAUCAAGCCGCGUGCACGGCAGUCGGUCGAUUUCUCAAAGGAGGUUCGGCCAACAUCGCAGCGUCCGCGACAGUCGCUGCAAACUCCGUCAAAGGAGCAGCGUCCGCCUCAGCGAGCGCACCAGCGUCCUCGUCCGACAUUGCAGCCUUCACUGAGGGAGCAUCGUUCAUCUGAGCGUCAACCUCGACGAUCUAAGCCUCGCCAGCCAUCGCAACACCGUACACAGCCGCCUCAGCCGACACUAGACCAGACUAUUGCGCCUAGACGCGGUUUGAGCCUGUCGGAGCUGGCUACGGAUCCCAAGUCCAAGCGUUCCGGUCGCCAAUACAGCACCAGACCGUCGUUGGAGGUCUCGUUGGGGCUACCGCAUGGCAGCGAGAAAACUGCUGGUGGUCCGCCACAAGGCCGGCUGUCGUCUGUUCAACGGCGCGAAAUUAUGGAUCGCGUCGGUAGAUCCGUGAAGAAGGUCAUGUCUUCGAUGCUACCGGGUGACAAGAACAACGAACUGUGGAAGACCAAGUUCCAGAAGAAGAACACCUCAUACUACGUGGACGAGACGAGUGUCAAGCCCGGGCAGACGCGGUUCUGCUGCGUGAGCCACACGCACGCGACGGUGGACGAGAUCAUGAGUCUGUUCAUCCCGACGGACGUUGACUCCGUGCUGCACAACAACAAACUGGUUUUCGAUAACGUCAUUGACGCCAAGAUCGUGUCGGUGCUACGUCGACCGACCAGACAGCGGCCCAUGAACUCGUUGUACCUGCGGUACUCAACUUUCCAGACGCCGGGGCCGUUGGCGAACCGGGAGAUGUGCGUGGCUGUAGCCACUGACAUGUUCCGUCAGCCGGACGGUUCGACCAUCGGCUACUGUCUAUGGGACUCGGUGGAUGAUCUCGAGUUCCUCAAGGCAGUGAAGCAACCAGGCUUUGACGUGUGUACGAUGUUCCGUUCGGGUUUCUUCUUCCGUCACCCUGGACGGAGAGACUCCACCACCGGGGACUCGAUGCAAGGGCAGACUAAGAUGAUCUAUAUGGUCGGUUUGGAGACGGGAGCCUGGGCGUCUGGGCUGACUGCUCGGCUUCAAAUGGAGAAGUACGGGUCAGUACUCGAGCGUCUGCGAACUCAUUUCCGUCGCAAAUACCUGGACCCGAGCACAUUCGUCAUCAAGACGCAGUGGGAAUCCAAGUGUGCGGCCAAGAGCUGCAAACAGUGCGACAAGACGUUCCAAGUGCUCUCGAACCGUGUCAACUGCCACGCGUGCGGUCACGUGGUGUGUAGAUCGUGCGUGUCCAAGGAGUCGGUCGAGGUGCAUACCGUUGGCCUCGUCCCCAUUCACGUCUGCUUCUGGUGCCUAGAGAAGGCCGGACUUCCAGCGCCUGCAUCGACUCGGAAAACCCGAACGAGUCUGAGGCAAAGACGUCACCAGUCUGAGACCGCGAGCACAUUCCGACAGACCAUUUCUGUCGUUUACACCGAUGUGGCUAGUGACGAGGAUACAGACGAUGGCGAGUGGGCCAUCACGACGAUGGGAGUCCCUGUUCGGCCGUCAAGGAUGGCGGCGUAUGUUUAA